GCAGUAUUACGCCUUGUUCAAUUUCUUCUAGUCCGGUCGCAAACUGAAUUCAACACUUCACUAGUCUCGCGUUUCGCGCGUUUAUUGGGCAACUUAAAUUCACCAAGCGUUUGCUCAUGCCGCAGCCCCAGUGCAAAAUAAUUGAGGAGCUGCUCCGAAAGCCUUUUGGUCCAUAUCGCGACGAAGAAGUGCUCAGUGCAGAAUGCCAAAGCAAGCCAGGAAAGACACUGGUACUGAAUUCAUUUCAGCUGGCUUACAACGACGAGAUUAUUGGUCUCGAUGAAUCCGAGCAACCUCUAGGUACCGAAGAGGUAGACGCUCGACAGUACCGCUUUCGUGGAAUUCUUAGCAUACAUUCGCCCGUUUGGCUAUCUCAAGUCGGCGUCAAACGAGUGGAAGCAGAGCUCAACCUGCGUGCCAACACGCGCAGCAUGCGUGAAGGGGAACGUCCUACCCCCACAAUAACGAUCGAAGGACUAUUUAAUAAGAAAACAGGAUAUCUUGGGCGUACACCCGUACCAGGUGACAACGAGCUCAGGUUAAAAAUCCAGGGUUUCAAGAACUUCCCAGCUGUCUAUAUGACAUCCAAGCUAGUUCCGGAUGGAUUAUUCUGGCACUCCAAAGACUGUAACCGUACCUACGAAGUUGCAACAAUGGACGUCUACACCUUCCAGCUCUCUGAGAACUUCUUCUGGCGCUACCGUCUCCUUGCCCUCAUGAUAAAGAUCGUUAGAGAGGAACAAACGCCGCUUGAAAAGCGAACCCCUGAGUGGUUUGUGUCCAAAUACCUCGAACGGUUCGCUCAUCCUGCCAGUGAUGAACACGAGCGACUCAUCUACGACUCUACCGAUUCUGAUAUUAUUGAUGUCGACGAAGGCAGGACCCACUUGCCCCGUCACCCAAGGCGAAUACACAGGCGCGAUAUUCUAGGGCUAUUUGCUGCCCAGUCGGAAUGGUUCGUUACUGAUAACGCAGUAAAGCGCAAUCAGAUAUUCCCCUUCAAACCAUGGAAUGCAUUUAGAAAGGAAGUCAGAAAAGCAAGAUGGCAAGCUGCACGCAAUAACGUCGUCUGGGGCUGGCCAAUUGGUCGUGAGCAUCAGCCGGACCUGGAGUCAAACCCAGACAGCGAAGAGGGAGAUGAUGAGGACGACGAAGAUAGUGAGGACACAAGAAAUGUGGUGGAGCGGAAUCCCGUUAUUGGCAAGACAAAUGAAAUCGUGCGCCGUAAAAUCGACAGAGCCAAGACCAGACGAACCCCGCCGUCUGGCCGGCAUGUCAACGAACCCAGUUCGUCGUCAUCCUCAGAUGAACUCGAUCCUGCUAGGGCACAUGCAUAUAUGUCGGAUUUCUCUCGGGAAUCAUCUAGUACUGCUUCUGAUUCUUCGCACGAAUCCGUGGACGAGCGCCUGCCCGAGUUCGGAGAGCUCAUCCCACGCCAGUUGUCUCAGGUCCCGGAGUUUCCAGGCCCCGAUAACCGCUGGUGGUGUCCUGUGCCAGAUUGCGGACACAUGGUUGACUUGCAACAUCUCACACGAGAUGAUAUAAAAGCCCUCUCAGCAACCACCGUCUUCUAUCUCAUGGAGAAGAAAUGGCGGAGUAUUCGAGAAGAUGAGAGAGCUAAAAAAUGUUUUUUUGAAAUGGUGUCUAAGCAUUACGAGGAUCAUUUUGCAGACCUUGGCUUAAGGUUUAUUCAGACUAGGGGAAAGGUCGGAAUAGACUUGAUCAGAGAUAAACGACGUGGUCAGCAGGCGGUGGCUAUCGUGAAGGAGGAACUUACUUAAGAGGCCCCCCUGAUCCCAGUCUGGGGCCCUAUGCACAUAAACUGUAAUAUAGGUAGCAGCCUGUUAAUAACAUCACACGGGACUUAUUG